UUGAUAUUCAAUCCCUGAGAGCUGGAACGGCUAUUGCACUUUAUAAACUACCUUCUGCCAGCGAAUCUCCUCCCUUGUUUUGCUCCUCCAGCACCCGGCACAUCAUGGCUACCAAAUGCUCAAAGCGCGAUCCUCGGAAUCCUGAUGAAUUUUGUCUUGAGAGGAGCUUUCCUCUCCGCGCUGGUGUUCUUCUCAUAUCAGAAAUUGGCCUAGUAUCAUUCACCCUGGCAGCCUCACUUCUCAUCUACACUCUGAGAAAAGCAUACAAAUUGAAGUACAGACGCGCCGGGGAUCCCGACUCAAAACUUCAACCCAUAUCGGUGUUGUUUCUGUGCGCCAUCUUUUUAGAUGUGAUUCAAGGUAUAUCAAAUAUCUUGUCCGUCAAGUGGGCAUUCCAGGGCGAAAUCACCGAAGGAUCAUACUGCACGGCACAAGCAGUGAUGAAACAACUCGGCAACGAUGGUGUCGCGUGGUUCACCAUCGCAAUCGCGGUGUUGACCUACCUCCAAGUCUUCCACAAUGAGUUGUUGGGGGAGCGAGGCGCGAAGAAAUUUAUGGCAGUGUCGAUUUUCGUAAUCGCCCUCUUCCUCCUUCUGAUGAUAUCGAUUCCUGCUUCCUCACGCCAUCCAUAUUAUGGCGAUACCGGACUGUGGUGUUGGAUUCUUAACGAGAGGCAUAAUGGCCCACUACGAAUCGCAAGUGAAUAUGCUUGGAUGUGGUUUGCCGUCAUAGUGGCGAUAGUGGCAUAUGGCAGAAUUGCAUACAAAUGGCGACGUGAUGCGUCCAAUAACUUUGAUGACCCCGUUAUGAAGCGGAAUGCGAUAGCUAUGGGAUGGUAUCCUAUCGUUUAUUUCAUAGUGGUUGCACCUCAAUCCGUAAUCCGUUUCCUCCAAUUCCGGGCCUCGGGUCACCGACCAGGUCAUGGUUGGACGAUCCUCACUUCUGCCAUCUUUUCCUCUAGUGGUGCCCUCAACGUCAUUCUCUGGCUCUGGACAGGCAGGCGCUUCGGGUUCAAAGGAACUACUAGCCAGGAGGAGCCUACGUCCCCCAGAGACGUUGAGAUGACCGCUUAUCCAGCACCUCACGUCGGAGUGAAUGCCAGUGGAGCAUAUCAUCACACAGUUACAACUCCCACCUGAGUCCUAACCAUGACCAGUAACAGCCAUGAGCUCAGCGUUCGUGAUCGACCCCACAUCGCACGGGUGCAUUGGCUCACCUG